AAAGGUGUUUAAAGCAGGUAUGUGUUACACCAGAUCAAGCUGUCUUUAUACCCAGUAACAUGACUUGUAAUUUAAAGUAUUCAUGUAAUAUAUCUGUUGUACAUUCAAUAACAAGUCCCUUGUAGCUGGAAAUUACCUGGUAUAAAGCUGGUUUUUAUAUGGUUUUUGCCACUUUCUUUCUUAAACAAAACAAAAAUGUCUUCAAGAAACUCUUCUCAGCCUCAUAUAGGUGCAUAUCUCUAUGCAAAAAAGACAUUUAAACUGUGUGAUGGGACGCUCAAUAAAUGUACGGAUUUGUUGUAUGAUCACUUCCCAAAGGAAAAUGAAGCUGUGAGCAAGGAUCUCACACAAAAACUACAGUUGAAAGUAACGACCCAUUUGCAACUCAUUGAAAAAUUGAUUGAUGAAGGCGAAAAUGGCAUUAACAACAUAAUCCGACAUCGUAUGUUUGGUGGAGAUCAAACACGUAUUCAAAAUCAAAUCGCCGGAAAUAAUGAAUACAUUCUUGUCGAUUUUCUGAUUGGGGUAUUCCUCGCAUCAAUGGUGGUCACUAUACUUUUGUUGGGGGAAAAUCCCAAAGAGUUUGGCCUAGUAAUUCUAUUUGGUUUAUUUACCUUUACUAUGUUCAUAUUACUCAUAAUAAGGAUGUUUAUCAAACCGGCUGUACUUGAUGAUGAUAAUAUAUCCAAUGAUCUACGGGAACAAGUAUCCAACAUAGUGUACAGAUGCAAGGAACUUAAGACUGAUUAUAAUGACAUUGCCAAGUCUCUCGCCGAAUAUAUCAAAGAAACUGAAAAAGAUAGAUUUAUCUAUACCAAUGUUUCAUGCAAUCUUAUGAUGGAUAUGAUUCUCCUCUUCAAUAAAUCUCGAAUCACUGUAUCUCGUGUCCAAUUUGAGGCUUCAAAAAGUCAAAUAUUUACACGUUCACUCAUAAUUAAAAAUAAUCCCAAUUUUAUAUUCCUUUGA